AUGUUGCUGUCAGAUCUGACUGACCUAGUGACUUCUAACAUCAACCCCGAUUGUCGCUUUGUAUACAACAAGCACGAGCAGCAAACUCAGAGCGACCCGGAAAUAGAGACCGAAGUGAUCAUGGCCGUGACUCCUAUCAGCGGUCUGGACGGCCAGAUGAAGGUCUACAGUCUUGUUGACCAGCAGGAUGAGGAUGGGCUGUGUACCCCACACGCCAUGGGCCAAGAGAGCUGUUUCUCCGUGCCAAAUUUCCAGAGAGGGAUUGAGUCUGCUUCUGGAUCCGAGGUUGAGACAGUAGAAAAAUAUCGGAAUAUCGCCGGAGAUGAAAGAGAGGCUUCGCCCAAGGUCGCUGUCUGCGCCAGUGCCAGUAUCAGUGCCAAUGACGGCGACGAAGAACAAAUGUCUCAUGAAGUCACAGAAAGCUCCGGAGAUGACGAACGGCAAGUUUUGCCCGAUGCCGCAGCCACGAACAACGGACCAUCAACACCAUUCGUCAGACUGUCGACACCACACCGACGCCUCUGGUAUCAACGUUUACGCGAGAUAGCGAGACUGAUGACGCCAGGGCCUGGUCACAGAAACUCCGAGAAUGUCGAUUCUACUCACGGUGACUCACAUGAUGGACUCAAUGACAAUGCCGACGAAUUCAAUGCCGAUUUGACUGAUGGUGCGCUUUUCAACAACGGAUAUUCGGAUGGUAUCCCAGAUGGCAGUAAUACCGAUGGGGGAGUCCGACAGCCGGAUGUGAUUCUGUGCCUUCCCAUGACUUCGAAUCGGGUAAUGUUUGCAUCGUGA